CUACAGUUCAGAUCUUGGACGUCAACAGUGGAAGAUGGGUGAUGUGGGUGAGCAGAGAUAAUAUUAAUACCAACCUAAUGAAAUGGGGCAGAUGACUCACUCGAUGGUAUCACACACCUGCAGCAUCAAAGGGAAGAAAGCGGCCAGAGGGAAGUCCUGUCGCUUCACAUCGAGAGUGUUAAGGACUCAUACACUGGAGACAGAUUCAACUGGGACUUUUCUGUCUGAUCUCAUUUCUUACUUUUAAUCUAAUUCCAAAUUCCUCAUCAUUUCCCAGAAUCCCUGUGUCCUCGGCCCCAAUCUGAGCAAAUCAGAUUGAACUGGUGAGCCAAAAGAAGACACAGACACACUUGUAAUAGAAAUGUUCUCAGAAUACUGGACUUUAACGUGUUAUUGUAAAAUUAUAUUUAGAUAUUCCAAAAUGGUACCCGCACGCUGCUUGGACAUCCAAUAUUUCAACAGAAUCUGAUUGUUGUCCACUAAAGCAUUCCCUGUGCUCUUUAAUUUAUUUGAAAUGAUCCAAAUAUGACGGAAGGUUUUCAUCAUGGGCAGGAGGAGAGGAAUAUAUUUGAUUUGAAAGGUUAUUAGGUCGAGGCAGUGAGUCCAGUGUUUGAUGUUGCCUCCCUGUCACCAGAAGGACAGAUAAGGGGAUUCUGCACAUACCUGUUGGCCCUGCUGCCAGUGCAUAAAUGGUAACCUCCACGCUCGGAGGCAAACUCACACUGACACAAACACACACACACACACACACACACACCCCUGUUGGCUCUUAAGAUGAGCCCCGGUCAGCGCAGCAGUGAGAUACUAUGAGCGUGCUCAGAUGUGUACACCUGAGGUAAAUUCUUUCUGCACAGAUUGAAUCGCUUCUAGUGCUCUAGAUGGACAGAACAUUCAUGGUGUCCCUGUCUCUGCUUGGACUGGCUCUUGUCCUUCUCUCCUUCCCUGAGCGUGCUUCACUGAACAGAGCAUUCGGAAACACCACAGGAACUGUGUACCUGGGGUCAGCGUUCGUGAAGGAGGCUCUUCAGAGGGCGAUUCAGCUCACUGAUGCUGCUUACGCUCGCACAAGUGAAAGGGGGAAGAAGUCCCUGUCUGAGGACACCCUGAGACCCAGUGACCUGCUCGCUCAGUUCAAACACACUGAAGCCAGAACCAGGACUCACAUCAGGGCUGCGGAACUGCUGGACAACACAGUGGAGCUGAUCAGGGAGAUGGUCUACACUCACACUAUGGUGCAGCCCAACUCUCAUGAGCUGCUGAGUGAAGGAGAUGUGGACAAUCUCCUGCAGGUGACGGGCUGCUCCGCUGAGCUGCAGAGACCCAGCUGUCAGAGCGACUGUCUGUCUGAGCGCUACAGAUCCGUCACAGGAGAGUGCAACAACAGACAGCACCCCAGAUGGGGCGCUGCAAACAUCCCUUAUUCCCGUUGGCUGUCUCCUGAGUAUGAGGACAUGUGGGGGAUGCCCCGAGGCUGGGACCCGGAGCACACCUACCACAACGUCAGCCUGCCUCCAGUGCGGCUGGUUUCCUACGAGGUGCUGUUCACGCACAACGACAACAUCUCUCUGGACUCCACCCUGUCUCACCUGCUGGUGGAGUGGGGCCAGUGGAUCGACCACGACGUGGUGCUGACGCCUCAGAGCCCCAGUACAGCUGCUUUCAGGACCGGAGCCGACUGCACUCACACCUGCAGCCGGGACACGCCCUGCUUCCCCAUACAGAUCCCUCCGUCAGAUCGCCGUAGUGGUGUCCAGAGGUGCAUGCCUUUCUUCCGAUCUGCUCCCAGCUGUGGCGCAGGAGACCGACCCCAACGCCACAGGGAGCAGCUCAACGCCAUCACCUCCUUUGUAGACGCCAGCAUGGUGUACGGCAGCUCCGCCGGUGUGGCAUCCGCUCUGAGAAACCGCUCCUCUCCUCUGGGUUUAAUGGCCCUCAACUCCCAGCACUCAGACCAGGGGCUGCCCUUCAUGCCCUACCUGCCUCGACAGCAGGCGCGCCUGGACCCCUGCGGCCCUCGAAACUCCUCCACCUCGGGGGCAUCGGACAGAUCCCCGCACCGGGAGAACGCCACGUCCUGUUUUCAAGCAGGUGAUUCGAGAGCCAACGAGCAUCUGGGAAUGAUCGCGCUGCACACGCUCUUUCUGAGAGAGCACAACCGGCUGGUCGAAGAGCUGCACAUGCUCAACCCCCACUGGAGCCCGGACACUCUCUACCAGGAGGCCCGCAAGAUCAUGGGAGCCAUUCAUCAGAUCCUAACUUGGGAGCACUACCUGCCGCAGGUCCUCGGUGACGUCGCCACGUCCCGUCUCAUGCCUCCCUACGAGGGUUACGAUCCUCAAAUGGAUCCCAGCAUCGCAAAUGUCUUUGCCGCCGCUGCGUUUCGUUUUGCCCACGUCACGGUGCAGCCGGUGGUGAGCAGGCUGGGACCAGGAUACACCACGAACUCCCAGCAUCCCCCGCUGCCUCUGCAUCACUCUCUGUUCGCCUCUUGGAGGGUCGUGCAGGAAGGUGGUAUCGACCCUGUGCUGCGAGGUCUGUUGUUAUCUCCAGCCAAGCUGCAGACUCCAGGUCAGAUGAUGGUGGAGGAGCUGACUGAGCGGCUGUUUCAGGCACAGGGAGGGAUGCCUCUGGAUCUCGGGGCCCUCAACCUCCAGAGGGGCCGAGACCACGGCUUGCCUGGAUACGGCUCGUGGCGAAGCUUCUGCGGCCUCUCUGUUCCCAACUCUACAUCAGAGUUGGCUGAAAUCCUGGGCAACUUCACUUUGGCUCACAAGUUCCAGCUCCUGUACGGGACGCCCCACAACAUCGACGUGUGGGUGGGGGCCAUCUCCGAGCCCGCUUUGCCCGGAGGCCGAGUCGGUCCGCUCCUGGCCUGCCUGCUGGCCAAACAGUUCAGAGCCCUGAGGGAUGGAGACAGGUUUUGGUGGGAGAGGGAGGGAGUGUUCACCGGCACGCAGAGGAGACACCUCCACGGCGUGUCCCUGUCCCGGAUCAUUUGCGAUAACAGCCACAUCAACCUCGUCCCCGCCAACCCGUUCUCACGGACCGAGAGCCCUGGGGACAUGCUGACCUGUUCCCACCCGCUCAUCCCCCACCUCGACCUCGGACCCUGGAAGGAACCAGACACGGAUCCCAGCUGUGGUCCAAUACCCAGGAUCCAAUCUGGGUACUCCCUGCUCUGUGACUCUGUGAUUCUGUAUCAGUGUCACUCUGGCUUCAAGCUACUGGGGUCGUCAUCUGUCAGCUGUGAUCCAGUCAGCCACCGGUGGAGCCCCGCGCCCCCAACAUGUCAAGAUAUCAAUGAAUGUGAAGAGCAGAUUUCUCCUUGUCCACAAAACUUGGAGUGUUUCAACAAACCAGGCUCCUUUAUUUGCUCAGAGCCCUCCUCGCUGUUGGCCAUCUCCAUUGUCACUACGGUAAUAGUAGUUAUCGGUGGUGUGGCCGCGCUGGUGAUGAUCAUGAUCUGUUAUCAAAGAUAUUUCCCCAAGAAAGAAGAGUUGGUCACCGCAGCAUGUUGCCAAGGGCAAACUUAGUCGAACAUUCCAGAGCUUUUGGUCAGUUUUUAUUCUCUAUGUUAAACUUAUCUUGAUGUACUCAAUAUAUUUUAAAACCUAAAAAUAAUUAUUUGUGGAUUUCUGAAUCAUCUUUAUGUUUUUAAGUGACUACAGCAUCAGGAUAUUUUGUAUUGUUAAUUUAUAAUCACACUUACGGCUGAACAAAUCAAUAUUUUACAUGAGUAUCCCGGUUGUUGACCUCUGUAGAUAUGGAGACGGGGUUUUUUUUCCUUGUGACAACAUGAUGCUAACGUUUUUCCUCUGACUACACUCUGUGUCACUCCGACCUGAAAGACAGUAGUGCUCAUUCAUUCAUACAAGUAGAACUAUUUAGUGAUUUCUAUUAUAAUCCGUACGAUGAGGUCACGAAAACAGAAUAACAAGCUUACAAAAGUCUUUUCAAUCCGGAAACUGAAAUCUUUCUGGAAUGUCUGCGCCAAAAUAAAACUGAUUUCCAGACCCUAAAGCCCCUCUGAGCGGGACACGGUCUCAGGAUUUCCUCAGUAUCCAUGAGCCUGAUUCAGAAAAACCUGUUAGGCAACUGUGGGUGUGUAUUAGAGACUUUGACCUUAAUUUCAAAACCAAACCUGUCCUGAGAAAAACACUUCUCCGUGUCAUCCAAUUGUAUGAUGAGUCAUCACUCCCAAACACUCAGGCUGUGCUGAAAUCAGGACUAUAUACACAGGACCUGUAAAUCACAUGGUACAAAGGUGAUAGGCUACAAUGCCUUGUUUUUAUUUUUUCACACUGGAAGACACAGUUAAUGGCCAGGAUAAGAACCUUAAAGCCCUGACGAUGCGAAGAAACAGUUAUUGCACUUUCAGACACGACAUUCUUCAUUUUUUACCUUCAUAAGACUGUUUUCUGUAAAAACUGAUCAUUGCUAGUACUAAAUCUUUACUACGAGGUACAGCCAAUAUUCAACAUAUGCAUAAUAUGGCUAUGUGCUGUACUCAUGCAAGGUCAUUUAUGGCUUAUACUGAAUGUACAUACUGUUCAUUGCGGAUGUGCAAGACUAGCUUUGCAUAUUGUGAUAAUAAGUAUUAAAGCUUGUUUAUUUCCUGUAUACAUUGUAAAGCUGUCAUUAUUUUGAAUGUGGAGGUUUUACAAUUCAUCAACAAUAUGUCUGAUUCUCUUACGAUCGGGCUAAUGCCAAACUGUUUUUCUACUCUAUUUUGUGUUUUUAUACAAGGCCUCUGGAACAGGUAUUGCAAGAGUGCAUCAGCAACAUGCAGGCCAAGCUGAGACGAAACAUCUCGGCUGUUUGAUCAUUACAUUGAUGUAAAAAUAAAGCAUACAACCCAAAUCAUUGUUCUAUGGAAACUACAUGGACAUUGUCAAUGUCAUAUGUCUUACAUCCCACAUAAAGUCAUCUGAGCAUGUAACACUUGAGGUAAGAGACCAAGUAAACCCUCUCGGCUGCUUUCGUCAUGUGCUCAUCUUUCAAACAGACUAACGCCAGAAACCUGAUACAAAGAAUCUAUUGUGUUAACAU